AACCUCUGAAGCAAGAUGGCGGCGCCCACAAGGGGGAAGGCUGGAGAUGGGAGGAGCCGUGCGGUGAGGGGUGGGAGGAGCCAUGUUGUACGGCGGCUGGGAGCAGCCAUAUUGUACGGAGCCGGGCGUGGCGGCGGCCAUAUUGUAGGCGGCCGGGGCCCUGAGGCGGAGCGGCUCGGUGAGAGGGGGGCGGGCGGGCCGCGGCCCCGGGACGCCUCAGAGCGCGGUGUGGGUUUUUUUGGGGGCUUGUGGAGGAAGCUGGGACGGGAAACUGCAAGCGAGCCGCCUUCCAGAGACUUCAAGAUGACAGGAAGAGAAUUUUUUGAACUAGAUUCUCCAGUGCAGAGACUAUAUUUGGAAAGAAUAAAGCGGAUGGAAAUCAUACAGAAGUUGCUAAGUGAGCUUCCUAAAGCAGACCAGAACAUUUGCAGUCAUGGAUCAUACUUCCUUGCAGGAAAUUCGAGCUUAUGUGGCUUAACAGCAAAUAAUUACUUCAGGAAGAUCCUAAAUGUCAGAAAAGCUGCCAUAGCGUCUGCUUUGCCAAUGGCUGUUAUUCCGUUUCUCUCAACAGUAGCAGUAUAUGAAGUCUUUGUGCGCGAACCUUUAUUUGCAGGUGAGCUGAACUGUGAAGUCUGCGCUGUGGUCAGGGGAGGAUUAGUAGGGGCUGUUGUGGGUGGUCUCUAUCCUAUUAUAAUGGCUCUCCCUGUGAAUGCAAGCCUUGCAGCCAGGUAUGCUUCAUCUCCCUUGCCAGGGAGAGAGAACUUACUACGCUUCUGGCUCACAGUUUCUCAGCCUAUCUUUAGGAAGAUGAGUUUUGGUGUGCUGAUCCAGGUUCUGACUGGAUUGUAUCUCGCCACUAAGCAACAUGGAAUAUACAUCAAAAUACUAGAGAAUAUGAAGCCCAGCAGGGAUCCUGAAGAGCUACAAGCCUGAAGUGAAAGAACUUUCCAAUUGCCUUGGAUAAGUAAUAAACAAAGAAAGAAGUUUU